UUGGGAGGCUGAAUUUGUAUGUUGCUUUUCCUUUUAAUUGUAUUAGAAUGUAGUCUGAUGCAUGCUUAAACAAAUGAACAAACAACAUUAAAAGCCCCACAGCUCCUAGUACUCUGCAGCCAGCAUGGGGAGCUGUGGGACUUUUUUCUGUGCCUGUUUCUAUAUAAACAUGCACAGCAUUGCACCUGCCAAGUUUUUUAAAAAUGGUUUUUAAAUAUCAUAAAUUCAUAUGAAAGUAACAAGUUGUGAACCACUUUUUGGUGAAAAUGUGGGAUAUGAAUUUAAAUAUAAACACACAUCAGCACUUUCUUCCUUCGGUUUCUUUCCCAGAGCAUUUUUGUUUAGCUGCAAAAUGAAUGAUAAUUUGAUGGAAGUAAAGAUUUCUUCACAAUGGAUAUUGGCUUCGUAUGCUUAGUGAUCAUAGUUUCACAGGACAGCCACAUAUAAAAUAGCAUGUUCUUAAUGUACUGGAAUCCUGUAAUUAUGCAAGCCCCUCUCAAUUCUCAAGGAAAAAAAAGUUGACUAGGUUUGAACUGCUUUCUGAUGACAUGUCAUUGUUGGUCCUCUAAAAGUCUUUUUUUAUGCUGUCUGGAACACUUAAACAUUCUAGGCUACUGGCAAGUUUUGGACUUCAUAAGAAAAAAUGGAAGCAUAUUCAGUUACCUAAAGAGGCUAACAGUGCUGCUGAAGAAGGCUGCCAGCAACCCAGAGAUAAAAGUCAACAGAUAAGCAACGUGCCCUAGAAGAAACCAAAGCAUACACAACUCAGUCUUUAGCAAGUGUAGCUUACUUGAUCAACACCUUGGCCAACAAUGUUCUACAGAUGCUGGAUAUCCAGGCAUCCCAGCUUAGGCGCAUGGAAUCUUCAAUCAACCACAUUUCACAAACAGUUGACAUACACAAAGAAAAAGUGGCUAGAAGAGAAAUUGGCAUCUUGACUACAAAUAAAAACACUUCAAGAACUCACAAAAUUAUUGCACCAGCCAACCUGGAGCGACCAGUUCGCUAUAUUAGAAAACCUAUUGAUUAUACAAUUCUAGAUGAUACUGGACAUGGGGUAAAGGUUAGUACACAGAAUAUGAAAAUGGGUGGUCUGCCUCGUACCACACCACCCACCCAGAAACCACCCAGCCCACCAAUGUCAGGGAAAGGAACCAUUGGGCGUCACUCUCCCUAUCGCACACUGGAGCCAGUGCGUCCUCCAGUGGUACCAAAUGACUAUGUACCUAGCCCUACCCGUAAUAUGGCUCCCUCGCAACAGAGCCCUGUUAGAACAGCUUCUGUGAAUCAGAGGAAUCGCACUUACAGCAGCAGCGGGAGCAGUGGAGGGAGCCACCCCAGCAGUAGGAGCAGCAGUCGAGAGAACAGUGGAAGUGGAAGUGUGGGAGUCCCUAUUGCUGUCCCCACUCCGUCCCCUCCCAGUGUGUAUCCAGCCCCUGCCAGCUCAGCUGGUACUUCUCCCCUUCCUGCUGCUUCUGCCCCCGCUCCCACUCCUCUCACUCCUGCUCCCGCCCUGACUGCUGCUGCCCCAGAUGCUGCUGCAGCUGCAGGGGCUCAGCCCCCUGCUGAUGGCUUCACUUCUCCAACUCCCCCUGCUGCCUCUUCCGCUCCUUCUGCAGGGCAUCCUGUUCAGUUCUACAGCAUGAACAGACCUGCUGCUCGGCACACCCCUCCAACAAUAGGGGGUUCUUUGCCAUACAGGCGCCCUCCCUCCAUCACUUCACAGAAUAGCCUUCAAAACCAGGUCAAUGGAGGACCGUUUUACAGCCAGAACCCAGUAUCUCUUGCACCACCUCCUCCAUCCAUCCUACAGGUAACUCCUCAGUUACCGCUAAUGGGAUUUGUGGCCAGAGUUCAGGAAAAUAUUUCAGAAACCCCCCCUCCCCCACCCCCUGUGGAUGAGCCAGUCUUUGAUGAAUCGCCCCCUCCACCACCUCCUCCAGAAGACUACGAGGAGGAAGAGGCAGCUGUGGUGGAAUAUAGCGACCCUUAUGCUGAAGAGGAUCCUCCUUGGGCCCCGCGGACGUACUUGGAGAAAGUUGUGGCGAUCUAUGACUACACGAAGGACAAGGAGGAUGAACUCUCCUUUCAGGAAGGUGCCAUCAUCUACGUCAUUAAGAAAAAUGAUGAUGGCUGGUAUGAGGGUGUUAUGAAUGCAGUGACAGGACUCUUCCCAGGGAACUAUGUGGAGUCCAUCAUGCACUACUCGGAGUGAAGAGGACCGCCGUGGCAAGAGGCAGAAAGGCACCUUGCUUUCCAGGAGAGCAUCGGGCUCCCCAGAUCUCUACCAGCACCUGGGGAGACCUGGGCAAGUGAACUGAAGGAAGGAAGGGAGGGAGGAUCGUUGUAACAAAACCACUCUUACUUUUUUGUUUUGCUUCUCUUCUCCCCCCUGCCCCAAACAUUUUAUAAAAUAGUGAUUUGAGUUGUUUUGAAGAAAUGGCUCUUCCAUUUGCCAGCAGCAGCUCAGCUGAAUGACAGAUUCUAAUAAGCUGACUGAUUCAAGUGUCGAAUCGGGUGAUGUAAUGAGCUUUCCAGUUACCUGAUCCAUUGCUCAAAUUGUGACCCAUUCAAUCGAGACAUGGGAUUUUUCUCAGGAAUAAUGUAAGCCCUGGUAUUGGGACAUCCUGGAUGCCAGUGCUGAAGGGUUGGCUUUGGUAGGCCACAAGCCCUUCCCCCUUCUCCUUUCCCGGCUUCCUGCUCCAAACCCUUACUGUGGGAAGAGCAUCCUUGUACUGGCAGACGUUUGGGUGCACGUACCAACUGGAGCUUGGGCCGCUUCCUUGCAUCUCUAACCCAAACCCUUCAGCAGUUGUUAAGCACAUGUAGCCUGAUGGGGCACGCAAGGAGCUGCUUUCCGGUUGCCUCCCUCUUAGUUUUGGUGACCUAGAUGCAGCCUCCCAGUAUAGUAAGCCUUGCAAAUCGCAAGCGAAGCCCCUCAAAAAUCAUGCAGGAUUUUUGGAGAAGUGGAUGGAGGGUCUUGAAGGGAGGCUGAGCUUGAACACUAUGGUGUCACGGCGCCACUGCUGUCGCUGCAGCUCUCCCCAGGCAGCCUUACUCUGCGCCCUGAUUUGCAAAGGAUCUGGGAAAUGAAUUAUGGCUGCCCUCCUGAUGUGCUCCAUACUGUUCGGCUGUAGCUUUCAGGGCACAUGUCAGCAGCAGCUUGUGGAUUUUCAUAUCAGGCCUGGUUCUGUACAUCGAGGCUGGCUGCAGCCUUCUGAAAUUACCUCACGUUUAAUAGUUUGGGGAAGCGGAGCAGGGGAGAGUUGAAUAUCUCUAGAGAAGGGGAAAGUGGAUUUAUUUGUGUGUGUUUCAGCUGAAAGUAGACGGUUCAGCUCAAAUAUUGAUCAUCAUGUGUACCCAUCAGCUGCUAUAAAUUGGCUUUUAAUUCCAUUUUCAGAUGUUGGUGCAUAUCAUAAAGAGCCCAUGCAGGCAGGCCAAUUUUGUCCAAGUGUGUUGGCUGAUCUUAGCAGGAUUUCAAAGGACUGCCGUAUGUCUGGUUUUCUUCGAAUGCUAAUUAGAUAUUGCUGCGAGCUUUAGCUGCCUUUGUUUUCAUUACCAGAGAUGGGUGAUUUUUCCUGUGUGUGAAUGGAAGCUUGCUGUAACAGCUUCAUAAUUUUAGGGUCAAAUUAGAUGAAGUGUAUUUACUUUUGAUUAUGUGCCAGCCAUGAAGGCUUCCAGCUGAGAUUGGGCAUGAAGUGAGGGAGUUUCACCCUGACCCCCUGUGCUGUGGCCCCAGUGGAAACCUCAGCACAGUCCUGGGAGCUGCUAUUUUCUGCUGACGAGAGCUGUUAUUGGUGCCAGUAGGUUGGUUUCUUCCAUAGCAAGUAGCUUAAUGGGGGGAGGGGGAACACUUUUGGGAUGCUGGAACUGGGGGAGAGGUUACCCCCAUCCUGCAUGCUACGGUCCCAGUUGCAAUGCUUCCACUGCUGCUUAACCACAGGCAGAGGGAACCCCCAGUGCAUGGAAUACGAUCAUAAUCCAUGUAUGGUUUACACUGAUUUGCUGAGCAUUUAUUCAGAUAGUGUUUGUGGAUUAAUGUAUCUGGACCACAGGUUGUACCAGCCAGACUUUCUUAUGCAAACUAGCCAAAUUCACGAAUCCAGCACAGCUUGGUUCUGUGGGAAUUUAUCUUCUCAAUCUGCAUCGAUCGUAUUGACUUAGCCUCCAUGAUGAGAGAGUCAGGGGAGCUUUUGGUGUUGCUUUCUCCUUGCAGCGUAAACAAGCUUCAGGUGGUACCAAGCAUCACUAUUCCAGCCUAGGCUGUGGAAGCCCUCAGCUUCACAGCUGCUCCUGUGGGUGAUCUGAGUACUCACAGAGAGACACGUGCAACACUUAGGACAACCUUCCCCAGCCGGGUGCUUUUCAGAUGGUACAGAUGUCACUUACCAUCAGCCCCAGCCACCUCACAAAUGCUGGGAGCUUUAGUGGAGAGAGGGGCCCAAGCUGGGGAAAACUGGCCCAACUCAGGGUGGCAGUGCUGCUGCCUUGAUUAAAUCUGUAGGUAAUGGGGUCACUAGUGGGAUCUGCUUGGGUGAAUGUAGGAGAUAGGUGUCCUGCACGGAAUGUGCGCAGUCUGCCAUGAGAGUGGCUGGAUUGCUAGGAUAGCCGCGGCACACUGCGUAGGUAUCCUUUUGUGUCACAUUCUUUUUGUGUGGGGGGUACACAAAAGCCGAAGACACACCCCUGCACACAUGUCCUGCUUUCCUGGAUUUUAUCAUGCUGACAGAUUAUGUCUAGCUUAUACACCAAGGCAAAGCUUGUGGACACAUGUACCCCAGAUGCUUCUGAUAAUUAUGUGUCAGAAAAAAUCAGACAAAGAGAUGCAAAAGGUUUCCUUUCUCUUGAAAUGGUGCAGGGCAGCUCCUGUGCUUGAAAGAAUUUUCCCAGCUCUGCAGGAUGGGAGCAGGCAGGAUAGGACGGCAGCAUAAUGAGAAUGCUGCAGCUGGAGCUCCCUUCCACUUCGAUGGCCACUCUGGUGAGGCAAGCUUCUCCCGACCCCUUUACAGAAAUUGAACAUUAUAUUCCCAUUACUGAUGCACUUUAUGUCUGGUAUUGGGCCCUGCAUGUAUGAGAUGGUCAGCGACUCAAAGACAAGGCUUUUUCAGUUGGCCCUCUCUCAUCUCCAAAAACAGAUUGCCUUAACUUUUGAUUUUUCACAUCAGAAGUGCAUAGGUUUCUCCUUUGCCGUUCUGGGAAAUGUCAUAUUCCUCUUAGAUUAUACAGCUGACUGGGCAUUAUCCCUAACGGUCUUCUACACAUUCAUGUUGAAAAUUCAUUCUCUCUGAACCCUUGCAGGGCACCUGUGAGGUCCCAACCCCUAGAUUUAGGUUUUAUCCAAUGGCAAAGGCACAGACGGUCCAGGGACGGUACCCAGUAUACCUUCAAUCCGGACAGAUUCCUUGCAUGCAGAAAUGGUUUGGAGAGGCUUUUGAGACUGCAUCAUCAUUUUUAAGGGCUUUUGCCAGGGAAGUGAUGAGUAAGGGAUGGGCGUGCCUCUUGAGUAGCGUGGGGAGAGACCCACGAGACGUGCGGCUCCUGUGGAGAGCGGUGCUGCCCUGUUGCGCUGGAAGGCUUCCUGCUCUACGCCGCCACAGCGGCUCCUGCUGCCUCACAGGCCCCGAUCCUCUUCCUGCAGCACUGCGGCAGAGGGCAUCCCCAGACUGCUCGCCUCCUGCUGGUUUUAUGCUUUGUAUUCCACAGUGCUGAUGUUGUAAAGAGAUUCCUUGGCCCUGAUGCUUAUUUUUUAUUUUGUACAAUUCUGUAGGCUGUCUAAGGACGAUGCUGUGUACAAGGCCCAAAGGAAUCAGACUUUGUAUGUAUGUAAUGUUGCAUAGCCUGCAUGCUAUAUCAAGUCCGUGAGGGGGGUAUUCCAACAGUCAGUUGCAAUUUCCUCCAACUUUCCCUCUUUUAAUUUAAUGUUUACUUCAAAAAGUGGGGGAGGGGGAGGGCCUGGGAAAUUGGAAAUAAUUUCCCCCACCGGGUUGUGCUGUCAAAAAACCAAAUUCAGGUGUUAAAAUGACGAUCAUCCCUCAUCCUGUUUUCAGUAUUUUGUGGGGAGAGCAUAAGGGACCCGUGGAUGGCCUUAUGUCAGGCUGCUCAGCAUCUGUUCCUCCAUAAAGUAGCUCCAGCUCUCUCCACACUUGUUUUCCCCUCCAUGCAGUAAUGGCACAUAGACCCCACCAGUGUUUUAACCCAUCUGGCCCAGCGUUGGCGUCUGUGUCACAGCAUGAGGACACAUUUUCCCUCCACAAAGAGCCGUCUGCCUAGGUCAGGAAGGGGAGGGUAAUAUUUUGAUGCCUUCUUUAUUUUAGGCCCAAAGGUUGUUCGCUAUUAUUUCCAAGGGCUGCCUUUGUAUACAUUAUCUUCUCUGUCUUCUCUUUCCUAAUCUGAGGGGCUUGCACAGCACGUUGAGGGUGAGUAGGGCAAAGAAAGUUUUCCGCAGGCCACGUUGAGGCUUAGCUGCUGUUUUGCUUCUGUUCCGCAUGGUGUCUGAGCAUGACACAGAGAAGACACCCUUAGUCGGAGGUAUUGCUAGUGUGUUGGGUCAUUUACCUUUGCUUAUGUUAGUAGCAUUUAGAAUUUAAUGAGAAGAGGUUUACAAAAGAUUUGUCACCAGGUUGCUAAUAGUGUAUUUUUCAGAAGAUUAAUUUUGGUGUGCAGUUGCAAAUUUGGGUGGAUGGUCUGCUUUUAAUGUGUUUGUGUGUGAGUGUGUGUGUCCUCUCCCCCUUUCCGGGUCAUACCCGAAAGAAUAUUCAGGGGUCUCCUUAUCUGACUGCUUUGUAUAAUCUUGCAUGCAAGUCUUGGGAAAACAGAGGCCUGGCCGUUAAUGUCACAUAGCCUAAAGGCAGAACCUCAUCACAGCGCAUUGCUGAAGACCACGGAGAAGCUGCUUGUUUUUCAUAAGGCUUCAAGCGGAACAAACCUGGGCAGCAGCUGCAGGUCUUGUGUGUGUGUUGUGACUCCCCUCCCCCGCAAAAGGAAGAGGCAACAGUCAAGCCAUUCUAUUAAAGGAGCAACUUUUAUUUUCAAGCGUGAAGAUUUUUGGAGCAACAUCCACAAGGAGGGUUGUCUAGUUUUCCAGCCUCCAUGGUUUCUGCUGGAUGCAAGUCUAAAUGAUCUGCUCUUCUCAGUAUUAUUCUAUUGCCCUGGGUUUUGAGCCUAAAGAAAAGCUUUUCCCACAUAGGAAAGAGAACUUAAAAUGAGUAUGGUGGGAAAACACACUUCUACAUAUACAUGGGUUUCAGUGUCAUUUGUGCUGCCUCAGAGUUAAAAAGGAAGUCAGUUAAGCUAGCAGCUGUAAUGUCUGUCUUCCAAUUCGUACCUGCUGGAUUGUGUUUGAAAACAUCACAAGCUUAUUGAGGAUAGUACUGAUUUAGGUAAUGUUAGCAUUGACCUUUCAGUAAUUGAGAAUUGGCCAUUUAGUUGCCCACACACGUACUGUUUGGAGGACCAGAAAAGCAGGCAGAGAUACCUAAAAACCUGCGCACAGUUGAUGUGCCAAAUAAGAGAAAAAUGGCAAAGGUCUUGUUCAGGAGGAAUGAUUUCUCACAGCACUAGAGAUUUGAUUCCCAUGUAACCUAACAGUGUUAGACAUGACUAUUUUACUGGAUGUUAAUUACCGUAGUAUUGAAACACAAGAUGAAACUAGCUGAUGUUGCCCAAAUCUGAGGUCUUUCUUCAGGUGGAACAUUAAUUUUUGGAAAGUUGGAUCUUGGAGAGAGAAGGAAUUCCAAAGAAUUAAGAGGGUCUGUUAUGUUUCCUGAUGAAGAGUAUUGGAUCCACCAUUGUCUGAAGCUAAUAUUGUGUGGGUUGUAGAGUUAUCAACCCACUAGUUGUUAAUGGGUCUACUCUGUAUCCAGUUCUUGAGGGAUUCAUAUAUACUCUGCUUAGUAUUAAAGGGUGGUAUCAUUUGUCUGUCUUUCCCCUGCAUAUGCAGCUUCGUAAAGGCAGCAGCCCAGCACACCCUGAAAACAGAAAAUGUCAUGUCCAGCCUGUGCUGGAGCAGGAAAUGGAAUCUAUGCAGAACAGCCCUUCUGCUCUCAUUUUUAAGUCCUACAGAGUUUACUAGCUACUGAUGGGGAACGGCACAGGGUGAUUUCUACUGGGGCUUUGCUGAAUGCUCAUGGUUGGGAUUCUGUGAAGAGCAGGCACAGCCUGUUCCACAUUGCUUGGACCAACGGGUUUUUGAUUGGUGUGUCAGACCUUACCUCUCCUAAGAGAAACCAACUCUUACAGUGAGCAGUUGUACAACUAGCGGCAAUAUAUUCUCUGAGCUCUUGUGGGGAUCAAGUCUAAGAGCUGUGCAGGAUUCUAGGGAAGAUUGUGUUGCUGGUUUUAUUUUGUGUGCCAUUAAACUACCUUCCAGUGAGUGGGGGAACAAAUUUUUAAAAGUUUUUAAAUUGUAUUUGGAAUUAACUGUUGCUGUGUACUAAGAACCCUCUUGUUAAAAGUCCUAAAUAAAAAAGAAAAAGAAAAAAGGAAGCACACUCUAA